AUGCAAGACGUCGGUGUCUUCGUGCAGCAAUGGCCCACCAUCUUGGGCUGCGAUGUGGCUGGUGUAGUCCAUGGGGUGGGUGCACUAUUGAGCGCGCGCUUCAAGAAGGGAAAUCGCGUAAUUGGGCACGUGAUCAAUCUGGUCAGUGGCCGACCUCAAGACGGGGCAUUCGCCCUGUACUCAGUCGUCUCGGGGGACAAGGUGGCCAUUCUUUCUGAUGCCAUCUCGUUCAAGGACGUGCCCUUCGCUCUGGAAGCGGCCGUCUGUGUACUUUCACCCAAGCAGCCUGGGACCGCAAUGCCAAACAUUUCCGCGCCUGCACUCGGCCUUCCAUAUCCCUUGCUGGAGCCGCCCUCAAUCAUCAAGACCCUCAUGGUAUACGGCGGGUCCUCACCGGUAGGUUCUAUGACGACCCAGCUGGCUAUGGCCGCAUGUAUCAGUGUAAUAGCCGUGGCCAGCGAGAAGAAUUUUGAUCUUUGCAGAAGCUGUGGGGAAUUUGAAGUCUUCGACUACCAUGACGAGGUUCAUUGA